AUGAUGCUGAACAACGGCGAUAGCCAACGGCAACAAGAGCUGCAGCCGCCUAGGACAGGGAAUGAUGCCAUCUCUGAAGCCGUCGCCGUUGAUCCCGCCGUCGCGAGACUUACAGGAACAAGUUUUGAGGCCGCCGCCAUGGAUCAUUUGAAGCCUGUGGUUGGAAUGAUGUUUGAUACACUUACAGAUGUGGAGAAAUUUUAUAAAUCGUAUGCACAUGAAGCUAGUUUCUUUGUUCGUGUUGGUCAGCAUAAGAAGCAAAAUGAUGAAAUAUUAUUCAAGCGAAUGGAACAAUUUGAAUCAUGUUUACAGAACACCAGGGGUGGAGGAGACCUCACCAGGCAGCAGAGGGCAAGGGGCUGCAGCGCCCUCAGCAAGCCGGCGGAGGGCAAGGGGCGGCGCCGCCCUCAGCAGGCUGGCGGCGGGCAAGGGGCGGCGGAGGUCUCAGGCGGCGGAGCGCAAGGGGCGGCGGAGGUCUCAGGCACCGGAGGGCAAGGGGCGGCGGCGGGCAAGGGGCGGCCGAGCGCAAGGGGUGACGGCGGGCAAGGGGCGGCGGCGGAGCGCAAGGGGUGGCAGAGCGCAAGGGGCGGCAGAGCGCAAGGCGCGGCGGCGGGCAAGGGGCGGCGGAGGUCUCAGGCGUCGGAGGGCAAGGUGCGGCGGAGGGCUGGGGUGACGGAGGAUGCGGCGCAAAAUCGCGGAGGGUGGAGGUGA